CACUGGCAUUCGGGCUUCAGCUUAUUUUCAAUUUUGUAAUUUGUUGGAUGGGAUGCAUGGGAUGGCUGUGAAGUAUGACUGAAUGAUUUUUAUUAUUGAUAUGAAGAAAAUUUACAAUGGAGAACUUUUCUAAUGUUGAGAAAAUUGGCGAGGGCACUUAUGGUGUAGUGUAUAAGGCAAGAGAUAUACUUACUGGAAAUGAAAUAGCUUUGAAAAAAAUCAAACUAGAAAACGAACCUGAAGGUGUCCCUUCAACGGCAUUGAGAGAAAUAUCAGUACUUAGAGAUUUAAAGCAUCCUUCUGUUGUACAACUCUUAGAUGUGCUCUUAGCAGACUCAAAAUUGUUUCUCGUUUUUGAAUUUAUGCACAUGGAUCUGAAAAAACUAAUGGACUUGACAAAGGGGCCACUACAUCUUGAUGUAGUAAAGGGCUACCUGCGGCAGCUGGUGGAUGGCAUCGCUUAUUGCCACUCCAAGCGCGUGCUGCACCGCGACCUCAAGCCGCAGAACUUGCUGGUGGACGCAGAGGGCCGCAUCAAACUCGCGGACUUUGGCCUCGCGCGCGCCUUCGGUAUCCCCGUGCGUGCCUACACGCACGAGGUGGUGACGCUGUGGUACCGCGCGCCCGAGAUCCUGCUCGGAGCGCGCUUCUACUCCACCGCUGUCGACAUCUGGAGCCUGGCCUGCAUCUACGCCGAAAUGGCCAGCGGGCGCACGCUGUUUCCGGGCGACAGUGAAAUAGACCAGUUGUUCCGUGUUUUCCGCGCUCUGGGCACGCCCGGCGGCGGCGACGGCGUGUGGCCCGCGGCGCGUGCGCUUCCCGACUUCCGCGCCGCCUUCCCGCGAUGGCCGUGCCGAGACGCGCGCCUGCUGCUGCCCGCGGCCGCACGCGCCGUGCCACACGCAGCCGACCUGUUCCAGGCCAUGCUGCGCUACGAGCCCAGUGAGCGGCUGUCCGCGCGCGCCGCGCUGGCGCACCCCUACCUGGAGGACGCACGCUGCGUGCCGCCCACCUUGCCCACGGCCCCGCCACAUAACUGACACCACGGCGCCGACCUGUUCAAGGCCAUGCUGCGCUAUGAGCGCACACAGCGGCUGUUCGUGCGCGCCGCGCUGGCUCACUCUUACCUAUAGGCCCCGCCCACUAAUGACGCGCGCCGCCUUCCCACGGCGACAACCUAUUCCAGCCGCGACCUAAUGUACAUUGAACUCUAAAUAAACUUAACAAUACUCA